UGGAUUGGCUGAUUCAGCGUCCUUCAUGUGUUUUGGUCGGUGCGGAAAUAGAUCCAACCGGCAUGGCUGGUCGUGCGAUAUUUAACAUUUAUCAAAUUAAUCAGUUAGUAUGAGUUUUUAUGUUAACGACAAAAAAUAAGACUGAUAACAGACGAUGUAAAUGUGUAAAUUUAGAGUGUGUUAGCACUUAAAAUGGCUCACAGCGGAGCCGAAGCGACUAGCAUAGCUUACAAAGUUUUCACGUUUAAAGACAAGAAGAAGAAGCCGGAGGAGUCGCUUUCUGUCUCCAUCCCUGAGGUUCUGGACCCUCAAUACGGCAUGUAUGUGUGGCCCAGCGCUGUGGUUCUGGCUCAGUAUCUGUGGACGUACAGAGACGAGCUGAGAGGGAAGACGGUGCUGGAGCUCGGUGCUGGUGUCGGGCUUCCUGGUGUGGUGGCGGCGAGCUGCGGUGCUGCAGUGAUCCUGUCCGACAGCUCAGACAAACCUUCAUGUCUGCAGAACUGCAGGCGCAGCUGCGACGCCAACGGCCUCCAGGAGGUGGCGCUGGUGGGGCUGAAGUGGGGCGAGGUGUCCCCGGACCUCGUCCUGCUGCCGAGACUGGACGUUAUCCUGGGAUCAGACGUCUUCUACGACCCCCGAGAUUUUGAGGACGUCAUUGUGACUGUUGCUUUCCUCCUGAGGAAAAACCCUGAAGCCCAGUUCUGGACCACGUACCAGCUCAGAAGUGAGAAAACAAGAUGCCAAAGUGUCCAGAAUGUGGUAAAGAAUUCACCUGGAAGGACAGUCUGAUUCGUCACCUUGCGAAGCAUAAACCCGCUCUCUACAAGUGCAAGGAGUGUAACAAGACGUUUACCACACCCAACAACAAAAUUUUACUCUUGGGGCCUGUGCUGCGAUAGGUCACUUUUCAACCACAAUUCAUACCCCUUCAUAGUAAGAGGAAACAUGUUUCUUUAGCCCAGUCUUGUAGCCCUGGUUGUUAUCUACCAUUUAAAACAAACCAGAUUGAAUUUGGUUCAGAAUUGGCUGAGCAAUGGUGUUUCUUGUAAAACGGGUUCAUUUUGAGAAAAACGUGUUUUUCUGACGAGGAUCUAAUGCAUUAGUCAGUUAACUAAUCAUGUAUUAACGAGUGUAUCUCUGGAAUAAAAGGAGAUAAUGAAGUUCUGUUUUUUGUUUUUGGUGUGGCAUGACAUAUAUAUUAAACUGUGAGAUUAUUGGAAAAUGGGCAAUUUUGACCAUGUCACACAUUUGUGGCCCACCUUAUGACAUGCGACCCUGUGCCUGUUUUAUGUCUCUUUGUUUGUGUCUCUUUGUGAUCAUUUUGUGUCUUUUUGUGCCUGUUUUGUGUCUCUUUGUGGAUGAUUUGUGAGUCUUUGUGGUUGUUUUUUGAGUCUUUGUGGUUGUUUUGUGUCUCUGUGGUUGUUUUGUGUCUCUUUGUGGUUGUUUUGUGUGUCUUUGUGGUUGUUUUGUUUCUCUUUGUGCUUGUUUUGUAUCUCUUUGUGGUCAUUUUUUGUCUUUUUGUGGUCAUUUUGUGUCUCUUUGUGGUUGUUUUGUGCCUCUUUGUGAUCAUUUUGUGUCUUUUGGUACCUGUUUGGUGUCUCUCUGUGGUUAUUUUGUGUCUCUUUGUGAUUGUUUUGUGUGUCUUUGUGGUUGUUUUGUGUCUUUGUGGUUGUUUUGUGUCUCUUUGUGAUUGUUUUGUGAGUCUUUGUGGUUGUUUUGAGUCUCUUUGUGAUCAUUUUCUGAGUCUUUGUGGUUGUUUUGUGUCUCUUUGUGGUUCUUUUGUGAAUGUAUGUCCUGCAGUUUGAUUUUAACACACACAAUAACUCCC